CGAGUUCAGCAGAGUCUGGUGCAGCAGGGUCCGCGCGUCUCCUGAGGUUCAUGACGGGUUGAGCCUUUGAGAAAAACAUUCAAGCUGGGCACGCCUUUUCUGGGCCGUUUCUCUGUUACGAACUGCUUUCGUCAUUCAAUUCGGUGCUGCCAGCGAAUGGCGAGCACAAGUGGCAUGACUUUGCGACCAGAAGAUCCAAAUGAGUGGACAUGUGAGGAAGUCGGAGAUUGGCUGGACAGCCAGGGACUGUCUCAGUACAAGGAGAAGUUCCUCGCCAAUGAAAUAUCGGGUGCUGUACUUGUGAGAUUGGACAAAGACUCCUUGCCGGAGCUUGUCCCUAUCGCUGGCGACCAAGUGCACCUGUUGAGGGCCCUUGACGAUCUGAGAGGUGAUCUAGACGACCUGCGGACAUCAAUAUUUGGCCCUAAGGAGCCUCGGCAUGUGGGAGAGGCGGUUGUUGGUGGUUUCAGUGGCUUUGCAAACAAGGUGUACGAUGGUUUCUCACACCUUGUGAAUGACCCACAAGAAGGUGCCAAGCAUGGGGGGACUGCUGGCUUUUUCAAAGGCUUGGGCUCGGGCCUUGUGGAGGCCGUGCAGCGCCCGGCAGAAGGGAUUUCCAUCCUGACGCACCAGCUUGGGACGGGUCUCAGGAAGACUCCAGACGCCUUAUUUGGGGAGGAGAACCGGGGCUAUGGUCCUCCUCUGUCGUCAACGCCUGAAGGUCGCAUCGAGCUUGCGAAGCCGGCCUUCUUGCGUGAUGAGCCACACGACAAGCCUGUGCAUGUGGGGGAGGGCCUUUUCUAUGGAAUGAAGAGCCUUGGGAGCGGGGUGUACGAUGGGGUAGCUGGGCUGGUCACAGAGCCAAUGAAGGCGGCGAGGACGCAUCAAAGGGAUUCCCCUGGUAUUGCUGGAGUCGCCAUCGCCAAGGGCUUUGCCAAGGGGCUCGCCGGAGCGUUUUGCAAACCUAUCGGUGGUGCUCUGGAGCUGGGCACCAAUACGGUCAAUGGCUUGAUCGCCACUCCUGGGACCAUCAUCAACAUGACGAAGGACGGGCCUUCCAUCCGGGACACUCCAACGAUGCAAAAGAUUGCUAACUUGAAGAUGCCGACAGUGGAGUCCUUAACGCGCACCUUCACUGGGAAGAAGGAGGACGUGAGUCAGGCCAUCGACGAAAUUGCUCACACGACGGAGAGGAGCAACAACAUGGAGAAAAGCAGUGUGUAAUAUGGCUAGGUCUCGCCUGUGUAUAUCUUCCAACUUCCGACAAAUCGCAUCAAGGUAUCAGAGGGAACGGAUUGCUUGUAGAAACUGUACAUACAAAGCCGGAGUCGUUGGCAUGUUUCUUUUCAUAUCGUUCACAGCCAGGACCUACUGAGAUUCCCAUCUUGUCCAAGUCUAUGCUGAAAAUGCAGGUUGCUUUCAGGAUUUUGUAUGUACAUAAACCUCUAGUGCGAACUUAUGAAGCUCUGUAUCUUCGUAGAGCUUGACGUGUCUUUGGCAC